AUGAAGAAAUAUACAGUACUGAAGACUGUGAGUUUGCAGCCAAGAAAAGGAAAAAAGAUCAUUUUAGGAAUAACACAGAUUCGCAAUAGACAUGGCUAUUGCACUUUGGGAGAAGCUUUUAACCGCUUAGACUUUUCAAGCGCAAUUCAGGACAUCAGGAGGUUCAAUUACGUGGUCAAACUGUUGCAGUUAAUUGCAAAAUCCCAGUUAACUUCACUGAGUGGUGCAGCGCAGAAGAACUACUUUAACAUUUUGGACAAAAUUGUGCGGAAGGUCAUGGAAGACCAAUAUAACCCACGAUUAAUCAAAGAUCUUCUACAGGAUCUGAGUUCUACUCUCUGUAUACUGAUUAGGGGAGUAGGAAAAUCUGUGUUGGUAGGGAACAUCAAUAUUUGGAUUUGCCGACUAGAAACUAUCCUUCUGUGGCAACAACAGCUAAAAAACCUUCAGAUGAACAAGCAAGUCAACAAUGGUCUUACGCUUAGUGAUCUCCCUCUGCAUAUGCUGAAUAACAUCUUAUACAGGUUCUCUGAUGGCUGGGACAUUAUUACUUUGGGUCAAGUGACCCCAACUUUGUACAUGCUCAGUGAAGACAGACAGUUGUGGAAAAAACUCUGCCAGUACCAUUUUGCAGAAAAGCAGUUUUGUAGGCAUUUGAUUCCAUCAGAGAAGGGUCACAUUGACUGGAAGCUGAUGUACUUUGCACUUCAGAAAUAUUAUCCAAUAAAGGAACAGUACGGGGACACCUUGCAUUUCUGUCGACACUGUAGUAUUCUGUUUUGGAAGGAUACAGGGCACCCCUGCACAGCAAGUGAUCCAAACACCUGCCUCAUGCCAGUAUCUCCUCAGCAUUUCAUUGAUCUCUUCAAAUUUUGAGAUGUUCCGUAGCUGUUUUCCUGUGUUUGUGGCCAUUUUUGUGAAGAAUCAGGCAGAAUACAUUAUGAUUUUUGUGCAAUAUAUUUAAGUGUAAUGUUUUGUCGUAGUUUAAAAAAAAAGAUGAGGGAAAUUUAU